AUGCAGAACUUUUCAAUCCCCCAGACGAGCCUGUUCGAGCUUCUUGAGAAGUACAACCUGGAUCCGGUGAUUGGCACCUACGCGAUCCUGCUCGUGUCCGCGACCGUCGUGAUCUACUGUGCAUCGCACGCGACUCUGCAUCGUCCAGACACGGCUCUUCGCGCUGAUCCCAAGGAUCCCAAGUUUGAGCCUUCCGAUCUGGAAGUUCCUUCUUCGAACGAGAAGUUAGAGGCCGAAGAUGCGUACCUGAUGCCUGUCAUGGGCGGCUUCAUGCUCGUGGGAAUGUAUUUCUUGAUCAAGAAGCUGGACAAGAAAUACAUUGAGAUGUUUUUCAAUGCCUAUUUCGCUCUCUUUGGACUCUUUGCGGUCGCAACCACGUUUGGCUCGCUGAUGCUUUACAAGUCGUACUUCACGUCUGCCGAUUUACUCGGUCUGCCGAUCGCGCUGGCUAUCGUUGUUGGGAACUGGUACACAUCCAAUUGGAUCCUGGGAAAUAUCAUGGGCGCUUCGUUUGCGUUCAGCAGUAUCCGGUUCUUGACCAUCGACUCGUUCAAGACUGGGUAUAUCAUGCUUAUCGGUUUAUUCCUCUACGACAUUUUCUUUGUGUUUGGAACAGACGUGAUGGUGACUGUUGCCACGAGCUUGACCGUGCCAAUCAAGUUGACAGCCCCGCGACCUGCUACCGCGACCAGCUCUCGGUCUGAAGCAAUGCUCGGUCUCGGCGACAUCAUCGUCCCCGCGAUCUUCCUCUCCUUGUGCCUCCGUUUCGACUCAUGGAACUACUACCGCAAACACGCCGGAACACCCUACUCUUCCGCCCGACCGUUUCCCAAGCCGUUUUUCAACUCGGCGAUGGUCAUGUACGUCGUCGCGCUCUUGGUGACGAUCUGCGUCAUGCAUUUCUUCAAGGCCGCGCAGCCGGCACUGCUUUACCUGUGCCCCGGCAUCGGCGGAGCGGUCGUGGUGACUGCGUUUAUCAAGGGCGAAUGGGCGGUCUUGUGGGGGUAUAAGGAGAUUAGCGAGAGUGAUAAGGCGGACGCGAAGAAGGAGGAGGAAAAGGCUGCGAAGAAGAAACUGCUGGAGGAAAAGAGAAGUGAAGAUGAGGGCGAGGAGAGUGCGUCGAAGGAGUAA